AUGCCUCGAGGCCAAAAGAGCAAGCUGAAUGGAAAGAGGAGACGCCACCGCCAAGCCAGAAAUUGUGCUCAGGCUUCUGAAGGUGCUAAGGAAACAGUAGAAGCAACAGAAGAGUCCUCUCCUGAAUCAUGUGGUACCUCUGAGAUUCCAGCCCAAAAGUCAGUUUCCACCACAACUAUUGAUCUCUGUUCUAUAUCAGAUGACAUUUCUAUUGAUCUUGAUAAUGCUCAAGAUUUUUUUAGGGAUUACCACACCCUUAAUCGCCAAGAAAUUCUAGCCAGAAAGGUCCUUGUGCUGUUUCAGAUCCUCCUUGAAAACUAUAAAAUAAAGCAGCUUACUACAAUGGAAGAUAUGAUGCAGGUUAUUGAUGAGGAGGAAAUCAAUGAUUUCCCUGAGAUCCUCAGGAAAACUGCUGAAAGGCUGGCAGAUGCUUUUGCAGUUGAACUGAGGGAAGUUGAAUCAAGCCGGGGGCUGUAUGAUCUUAUCAGUAAGCUGAAACUCCCCAACAAUGGGAGGGUUCGUGCUGGCCAGGGCUUUCCAAAAACUGGUUUCCUGAUGACUGUACUGGGCAUGAUCUUCAUGAAUGACAACUGUGCCCGUGAAGAAGACAUCUGGAGAACACUAAGAUCUAUGGGUGUAUAUGUGGGAAGGAAGCACCCAAUCUAUGGAGAGCCCCGGAAGCUCAUCACUCAAAAUUUCGUGAAGCUAAAGUAUUUGGAGUACCGGCAGGUAGCCAACAGCAAUCCUCCACGAUACGAGUUUCUGUGGGGUCCCAAAGCAUAUGCUGAAACCAACAAGAUGACCGUCCUAAAGUUUGUGGCCAAGAUCAAUGAAGUCUCUCCUAGUUAUUUCGGAGAUUUUUAUGAAGAGGCUUUAAAAGAUGAUGAAGGGAAGAAUCAAAGCAACCAUAAUGUCAGCUCUGCCAUUUGUCCCAAGAUAGGGCAUUUCCACUUCUGAUGUGUCCAGGGCUUCCUUUUUCCACUGCUAAAGUUUAA